UGCUAUAAUCAUCGACAUCAUCGUCCUUUGAGAUCGACGCAUGCGCACUCGUAGGACGCCCGACUUUCCCUUCGAGCCGCUAGGAUUUACGCAUGCGUAGUGCUAUUACUACGCCGACGACUACUGCUCUCUAGUCACGCCCCCUUUUCUCCGUAUUGCGCUUGCGCAGAAAUGGCGAGCUCUUUACCUCCGUCUCUUUACCUGUUUGGUUUGCGCAUGCGUGGUUUUUCUGAGCUGCUCUCUUAGGACCAGUUAUCACUAUGGAAAGAAGGAGUAGAAUUGAGUGUAUCUUCUUCAGUGAAUUCCACCCAACACUUGGACCUAAAAUAACGUACCAGGUACCAGAGGAUUUCAUCUCCCGAGAGCUCUUUGACACAGUUCAGGUAUAUAUCAUCACUAAACCUGAACUGCAAAACAAGCUCAUCACAGUUACAGCCAUGGAAAAAAAGCUAAUUGGUUGCCCAGUAUGUAUUGAGCAUAAGAAAUACAGCCGGAAUGCUUUGCUGUUCAAUCUUGGCUUUGUUUGUGAUGCCAGAGCUAAGACCUGUGCAUUGGAGCCUAUUGUGAAGAAACUGGCAGGUUAUCUUACCACUCUAGAGCUGGAGAGUGGCUUUAUUUCCAAUGAGGAGAGCAAGCAAAAGCUGAUACCCAUCAUGACUAUCUUACUCGAGGAACUGAAUGCCACUGGCAAAUGCACUUUGCCUAUAGAUGAAUCCAAUACCAUUCACUUGAAAGUGAUUGAGCAGCGCCCUGAUCCCCCCAUUGUGCAGGAGUAUGAUGUUCCUGUUUUCACCCAAGACAAGGAUGACUUCUUCAAUUCCCAGUGGGACCUCACCACUCAGCAGAUCCUUCCAUACAUUGAUGGAUUCCGGCAUGUUCAGAAAAUCUCAGCUGAAGCAGAUGUGGAGCUGAAUUUGGUUCGCAUUGCCAUCCAGAACCUCUUGUACUAUGGAGUAGUGACUCUAGUUUCAAUACUUCAGUACUCCAAUGUGUAUUGCACCACACCUAAAGUCCAGGACCUGGUUGACGAUAAAAGUCUCCAAGAUGAAUGUCUCUCAUAUGUCACAAAACCAGGUACUGCAAGAAGUAACAAACGACCCAGCCUGAGAGAUAUUUUUCAGCUGUAUUGCGGGCUAAGUCCUGGCACAACUGUCCGAGAUCUCAUUUGCCGCUAUACUCUUCAAAUCCAAAGAGUGGAUGAAAGGAAGCUCAUCCAGUUUGGUCUGAUGAAGGGCCUUAUUCGGCGGCUCCAAAAGUACCCAGUAAAAGUAGCCCGGGAUGAAAGAAGUCCUCCAGCACGACUGUACACAGGCUGUCAUAGCUAUGAUGAGAUCUGCUGUAAAACAGGAAUGAGCUAUCGGGAGUUGGAUGAAAGGCUGGAGAAUGACCCCAAUAUAAUUGUUUGCUGGAAAUGAAACUCCAUAGAAUAGAGUGAUCUUCCUGACCUAUGAACAAUUCAUUGGGCUCCUAGGGCUUUCAAGAAGCCUUCAGGCCUUUUUCGAGGUCAUUAAAUGCAACAAGGCUCAGUUUGUAUGGCAUGUUGCACUUUUUCAGACCAGUACUCUGGGAAGAAUGAGCUAGAUGGACUCAGCUAUCUUCUGUAUGAUCACUGAGGAUAACGCAUAGAUCGCAUUUCCAUGAGUGACAAAACAGGUGCAUACCUAUUGAUUCUUCUUCAGCUCCAGAUGCCACCUGCUCCAGAUCCCAUGGAGUUCCCAAUGCAUAGUUAUAAGGGUAAACACAUAGUUGAGACCUCCAUGUGGAGAAAACAUUGUUGGAAGAUUUGAGAAGCCAAAGAAUGGUUGAUGGAGAAUAACUUAAAUGCCUUGUCUUGACCUGCUGCUCCUCAGCUCAAAAUCCUGUGUCAGUCCCUGGGAGACUGGCAAAAGCUAAUUACUUCUGUCUCAUCUUUGAUUCCCUUUCACAAUAGCCAAGGAAUAUGGGCUGAAUUCCCCAUAACACAAGGAUUGCAGACACUCCUGAUAUGUUUGGAGUCUACUGUUACCAUGCAACCAAAAAGCACAAUUUCUUUUUUUAUAUAAUUAAGUGCUUACUGACCACUGUAAAAAAAUAAAUCUGAAAAUGUAAUCUGUUAUAAACAUGAUCAUCCAAUUUACAUUGAGUUCUUCCUAUUCCUUAUUAAUAUUAAGGAAGAACUAUUACAUUGGUGUAUAUUUUAUUAUAAGGCUUACAGAAAUCAAAAUAAGUUCUCUCUGUGGCAGCAAUGGAGAGAAGAACCAAAUACUGAUGCUUGCAGCAGCUUUUUUUCUGAGGAGAGCACCCAUAGUUUAAAGCAACUGCAAUAAAACUAUACAAAAGCU